AUGGGGAAAGACAGUAUUAGUUUAGUUGGAUUGGAUAUUGAGGAUUCGACAGUUCAUAAUCAAACCCCAAGGAAAUUAUCAAACCAGUCGCAAAAUGACAUGAAUAGUAGUUUGAUAUUUGGGAAUGAGAUCACUUCUAAAGGUAGUCAAACACAAAAUGUUGACGUAGAGGAAAAACCAUUUAGUUUAGAUAACGAAUCAAAUGAUAAUACAACCCAUAAACGCACAUUGGUGAAAGAUGCACCAACUCAGAAUGAUAUUACAUUUGAACUAUUACAAAAUCCGAACGAUACGCCGUUUCUUUCCAAACUAAAAGAUCCUUUUGACGACACAUAUAAUGAAUCAUUACAGAAAUUAAGUAUCGAGACCCCAUUGAAUAAAAAAAUUAGUUCUCAAUUGGAUGAUACCGUUCCAUUACAAAGUAAACCGACACGUAAAUACAAUUUUGAGACUCUACGUAAUGAAGCUGAUAAUUCGUGUUUAGAAUAUGAAACGCAAGGAAAUGAGACGAUAUUCGGUAACCGAAUAUCUAACGACGCUGAUACCCAAAUAGUAAAUAAUUUAUCCUACGACACUUUGAGAUUCGCAGCUAAUUCAAAUAGAUUUAUUAAAUCGAAUGAAUUUAUGUUUAAUGAAGGAACACAAGUGGAUUCGUAUAAACAUAAGUAUUAUAUUGAAAACGAUACGCAAAUAAUUGAUCCUAAAACGAAUGAUACACAAGUAAUAGUUCCUCCUCAAAAUGAUUGCAAUAUAGGAACAACCAAAGUAGACGAAAAUGAAGAUAAUCUUACUUCUUCUAGUCCUCAAAAUGCAAUACAAAUACCCAGUACAUUUGAAAAGCCGUUUGUUUCUCGACCACAAGUAAUAAAUACUCAAGAAGAAGAGCCCGAUAGCACACCUAGCAAUACUAAAGUUGAUCUUUCAACCAGACCUGUAUACUCCAGUAGUCAAAGACUUGGAGAAGAAGAAGAGGAGGAGGAAGUAAGGACUGAUGAUGAAAAGGAUAACGAUAGGCUGAACCAACAAGGACUAUAUUAUGAGGAUAGCUUAUUGGCACAUCACCUUAGGCAGAAGAGAAGGCUAUCUAACCCUGAAAGUAACAGCAUUCGUAGAAAAGCGAUAAAAGCUUCACCGAAUAAUGAUAGCUAUGAGAAUAUGGAUAAGCAAAUCCCACUUAAUAAUAUGUCUAAAACUCCGUUAUCACUUAAAAACAAGCAUCAUCAUCAGAUAGCUGUCUCGCCUAGUGAAAUUGAUGAAUCGUCCCCAGGUAUCAAGAGAACAGAUAUUUUGGGAUUUCCAAAUAAAUCAUCCCCUCAGACUUAUAAUGAUGCCUCUAAUACUAAUAACAAUGGAAUCAAUAAAAUAAAACCUCAAUCAAACCUACCAUCUUCACCUACAAAGGAGCGAGCAAGAAUAGAAAUGGAAAUGAAACUUCCCAGACUACAAAGUACUGAAUUGAAGGAUACAAUCGCAGUAAAUGAAAUAAAUUCAGAAGAUAACAGUUCUGAGUUAGAAGAUAUCGACUUAGUGCAUUUCAAUGAUACAGAUUCAAUACCUACUACUACAAGAAAGAGCCGAUCCAUUUCAGUUGAUACAUCGUCACAAUCUCAAGAUGAAUUACAACCUAACCAGGAUUCAAGCCAGAUGUCUGCCAUGGAUGUGAGGAUGAAUGAUUUACACGGAGAGCGAAGAAAAAUAGAUAAGGUGCUAUUUGAAGAAGCCCUGAAUGUUCUAACCCAGACUGAUAUUCAUUACAUGGAGAGCGUUUGGGUUUCAUUCAAGUUCAAUAUGUAUACAGGUAAAGCAACCAAAGUAGGUCAUGAUAAUCUGAUAGUUGAAUUCGAAGAGGGGAGCUAUUCUAUUAAGAAUUCAGAUUUAUAUUUGCUUGAUAUCAGAAUUGGCGAUAAGCUUAGAACAAGAUCAUCGAAAUAUAAAUUUGUGGUUACUGGAUUAGCUUACAACAAGAAUGGGGAUAACAUUAAAUGUAUUCGAGGAUAUAAUGUAGUUUCUUUGCGAAGAAUAUCUAAAGGUAAAGGAAAGAAAUUCGAAGAACUAGAAGCAAGCCUAUCCGAAUGUUAUAUGGAACUUUCAGACUGGAUUCAACAUCAACAAAUGUUUCAGUUUUUGUUCGAUGGCCAAGAUUUAUUAAAGCAAGAUGGAGGAAACAUUUUUUUGAAUAGUCUUAGUCUCGAUAUACAUAGAACACCAUCAAGAAACACCCGAUAUUCAAAUACACCCGACGUUAUGGAAUAUGAUUUGAAAUAUAGAAAUGGACCAUUGAGCAGUCCAUCAAAAAAGAAUGAAUCGAGGAUAAUAAAUGGCGGUACUUUAACGAAAUUAGGCUCUAGCGGUCUAUUUUCAGGAAUGUUAUUUUGUCUUACAUUCGGAAAGAGCAUCGACGGGGAUAAAAAGGAAAAAAUCAAAACGGCAAUUGAAAAUAACGGGGGUUCACUACUUGAUGAAGGACUCCACGAUAUUUUAAAGUAUUCCAGAUCUCAGGAUGGGUCAUUGGAAUUAGAAUCCCCUGUAUUAUCAGAAUUUUCUUUUGGGGCAGUCAUUUCAAAUAGCUUUUGUCGUAGUGCAAAGUAUUUACAAGCGCUUGCUUUAGGGUGGCCAAUUUUAUCCGACUAUUAUAUAUUUGAUUGCCUUAAAGACAAUAAAAAGUUAACCCACUGGCCAGUAUAUUUAUUACCAGCGGGCCAAUCACAAUAUUUGGGAAGCGUUAAGAGCUUAGAAAUUUUCAAAUUCAGACAGAACUAUGAAACCAACAAGGAAUUAUCUUAUCAAUUGAAGAACAAUAAUCAUUUAUUACAAGAUGUCUUUAUUGUCAUAAUAAAUAACAAAGCAAAUCUUAAGACAUUACAAACUUGCGAGUUUAUCUUUCAUGCAUUUGGAGCGAAGUCUUUGAAAUACUGCUCGUCCGUCAAUGAAAUAGUCGAUGUCACCAAACAAUGUAAGGAUGACCCAAUAUUAGUAUAUGAUAACAACGAGACAAUAAAACAAGAUAUGAAAACAUUAAAAGCUGAAAAUACAGGUGGAACUCGUACGAGAUCUCAAUCAAGGGCUAGCACUAAGCAAAACUCUGAUAUUAAAUUGCUGAAAUCAACUUCUAAAAAAAAGAAUAUUGGUUUUAUUAAUUGGGAAUGGGUAGUUCAAUGUGUUAUAAGCGGAUAUAUUUGGGACCCGGAAUAUAUAUAA